GAGCGCUCCCUAGCAUCCUCUACAGCCCCCUCCAAUUUCCCUGCGAUUUCUCCCGGCUCUCUGAGCACUUUCCCCGCCUUUUCCUCUUCGAACCUCAGACCACGCGUCAUUUGUCACGAUGUCAAACGGUUUUCACGGAUACCCUCAAGCCGACAGGCGCAAUGUUCAUAAUUCUACAUACGAUAGUCCCUCUCGUGGAAAUGCACUUACGCCUCAAGCGGCGCGCUUUGCAGCAAGCACCUCUUAUAUUGCCUACACUUGUCGCGACCCCGUGACCGACCGAGCGCUUGACGCUCUCAACGAACAGUACCUUCGCCGCAGGCUUCGUUCCCUGGGUGUGGACGGAGCCAUCAGCCUUUGGACGCUCCCCGAUUUUCCUCCGGACGUCAAGCCACCGAUUGAAUAUCCGAUUCUCGUUAUGGUUGCGCUGUAUGCGGCGCCCACCAAGAAGCUGCAGUUGCAGGAGAUCUACGACGCCAUCAUGGAGCGGUACCCGUUCUUCCGGUCCGCUCCAUCGUGGCAGGAGUCUAUUCGUCACCUUCUAUCCCUCAAGAUACAGUUUCGCCACAUUGACCGCCCCAUCGGCGUGCAAGGCCGUGGUGGCUACUGGUAUCUAGACCUCACGCACGGUGAGGGGGACAAGCGCGAGCGGAAGCGGAAGCCCGGAAAGACGUCUUCCCUCGAUUCGGUGUGCGAUGAUGCAUGCAGCGACCAUGCAUGGGUCUGAGAGUCUCUUCCGCCUUGCUGUAUUUGUACCCCUUCGCAUACCCCUCGCAUCGCUGCACUUGUUUGCGUUGUAUCCCUGUCGCAUUUAUACGCGUGUUAUCCCGCUGUAGCCAUUAUUUCUGUCUACUACUUGUAUCGUUCUUUGCUUAACUUCCCUGUACCACAAAUGCACGAAUAUUUUGUCAACUAGCCGUGUGAUUUGGUCGAGUCUG